AUGGUCAGGUUGAUUCCCGCCGUCCUGGUGGCCCUGGCCUUGCCUGGGAUCAACGCCGGUCCUUGCAAAGUUCCAACUACGACGACAACUUCCACGAGUGCCACCACUACUCCUUCAACUGCGCCCUCUUGCACGGCUUACACAGCAGCGCCUUACGGUGCAGUGUGCGGAGGAGAGGGCCCUCCUCCGGGUAAUCCUCCCACCAUUGCUACUUUGAAUCUCCCCACGUCCGAGGAAUGUGCCUAUGCCUGUUAUCAGACUGCCUGCUCCAAGUUCGGCUUCACGACUGGUAACUGUAUUCUCUACGGCGAGAGACAAGAACAACGUCUUGUACGACUUGCUCGUACCGUUUGCCCGCCGUACUAUGACCUAGCAUGUUUCGAUUGCUCAGGUACUAGCAUGUCGACAGCUCCCGGCUCGACUACGACUACAACUGGAUCCACGCCUACUACAACACCCGAGAACUCAGCUACUUCUCCUACCACUACGUCUAAUAACACUCCUACCACAACACCUGAGAACUCAGCUACGUCUUCUACUACUACGCCCGAGAACUCAACCACUUCUCCAACCACCACAUCGGAGAACUCUGCUACUGCUCCUACUACUACGCCUAAUAACACUCCUACCACAACACCUGAGAACUCAGCUACUUCUCCUACUACUACAUCGGAGAACUCUGCUACUGCUCCUACUACUACGCCUAAUAACACUCCUACUACAACACCUGGAAACUCAGCUACUUCUCCCACUACCACGCCCGAGAACUCAACCACUUCUCCAACCACUACAUCGGAGAACUCUGCUACUGCCCCCACCACUACACCCGAAAGCACUCCUACUACGACACCUGAGAACUCAACUACUUCUUCUACCACUACGUCUGAGAGUACUCCUACUACAACACCCGAGGACUCUACUACCUCUCCUACCACAACAACUGAGAGCUCAGCUACUUCUCCCACCACGACGCCUCAGGAGACUCCUACUACGACGCCUCAGGAGACUCCUACUACGACGCCUCAGGAGACUCCCACUACGACGCCCGAGAACUCUGCUACCUCUCCUACCACAACCACCACGGCGGAAUCGACGACCACAACGACGACGACAACAGAAUCAACAACAACCACAACUGAAGCGACGACGACAGAAUCGACAACAACCACAACUGAAGCGACGACUACAGAAUCGACAACAACCACAACGGAAUCAACAACGACGGAAUCGACAACGACCACGACGGAAUCAACAACGACCACAAGUAGUACCACCUCUACAACCACUACUGCGGCCCCAACAUGUGACGCCUACAAGCUGGUCCCCUCUCCCCCGUCUGGCGCAAAGUGCGGUUUCGAGGGUGUUGUCAACACUGGAAAAUCCCCUAUCGCUACGGCUUCUAAGCAGAACAAGUCCGACUGUGCUAAGUUGUGUGUUGAUACAGUGGGCUGUGAGUCCUUCUCAUACAACUCGAAGAGCCAUACCUGCUCCCUCUUCGACUGUUCAGUCGCUGCUGUUGCCCACUCGAAGUCUGAGUGCGGUGAACACUUUUAUGACAAGACAUGCUUCGGAUGUUCAACCACUACAACUACCACUACGUCCACAACGACCACAAGCAGCACCACCUCUACAACCACUACAGCAGCCCCGACCUGCGACGCCUACCAGAUGGCUCCAUCUCCUCCAUCCAGCGCCAAGUGUGGCUUUGAGGGCGGUGUUAAGAGUGGAAAGCAUGCUAUUGCUACCGCUACCAAGCAGAAGCAGUCAGACUGUGCUAAAUUCUGCGCUGACAACACAAACUGCCAGUCGUUCUCAUAUAACUCCAAGACUGAUAUCUGCUCUCUCUUUGACUCUUCAGUCACAGCAGUUGCAUAUGCCAAGUCUUCAUGCGGCGACUACUUCUAUGACAAUGCAUGCUACGUAUGCCAGUCAACCACCACGCCUCCUGCGGUCUGCCAGCCGAAAACCACUGGGCUGUCCGGAGCCGUGUGCGGUAGGGAGGGCACCAAGAAGAACAGCGUCAACUAUAUUGACAUGAAGUCUGCCAACACUCGCGCGCAAUGUGCCCAGUUCUGCUUCAACAACGCCGCUUGUGACUCCUGGGCAUACCGCAGCAUCGGUAGCGUCUGCACUCUAUACGACAGAGGAGUCAGCUCCGCAUCUUCGUCCAACGGUGGUUGCGGUGUCGAGUGGUAUGACCGGGAAUGCUACUCAUGCCCUACCACAACCACUACUCCCCCAGCUACGUGCAGCUCGUACUCGCUCAUCUCUAAGCCGUCGAGCAACCAAAUCUGCAACAAGAAGGGUGAGAUCUGCAGGGAGACUUUCCUGAGCUUUGGUGAUGCGACCAGCGACGCAACUUGUGCCAAGAGCUGCAACCAGACCCAGGGGUGCAAGCUCUUCUCGCGUGCCAAAAAGAACGGCGUGUACAAAUGUAGCAUGUACUCGGCCUAUGACUUCACUGCCAGCAUUUACGGAGUCGCCUUCUCGCAGCCUGAUUGUUACGAGUGCUGUGACUCUAGCAACUCAGGAACUUCGAUCCGCCAGACCUAA